CAUCAAUGAAAAAGAAGUGUCUGCGCCUUUGAGGAGUCAGACACAGAGAACGCAUGAAAAGCAUUUUUAAGACUGGCAAAUCAAGUUUUCAAGGGAAGUGGGAAUCCCAAAAAUCAUGGUUCAAGAGUUCAAAGCAAACAAAGUGGAAGAUGUUGCUGCCUGUGGAUCCUUAAUUGUUGGCUAUGACAAUCAAGGCUACCAGGAGGAUGGGAAUGCAGACGCUGGUCAUCCACAGAAAGGAAAAGGAAAGAGUAAGAAUAAAGGAAAAGAGGCAACAAAGGCGGUUGGAAUCUUUGAACUGUUUCGCUUUGCAGAUCGAUUGGACAUACUGUUGAUGUUACUCGGACUGAUCUCUGCAAUAUUACAUGGAAUUGCUUUGCCUCUCGUGAUGAUUGUUUUUGGAGAAAUGACUGACAGUUUUGUCAGCAGUGGUAUCAUGCCUAACAUCUCUAUUGCAGCAUUUAACCACAGUUCAACAGAUGCAUGUUUUGAAAUACCUGGACUGGAUUUGGAAGGUGACGUGACACGGUUUGCCCUCUACCUUAUGGGUCUUGGGUUCGCUGUGCUGAUUUUAGGCAGUUUACAUAUCACCAUGUUUUUAUUGGCUGCCAUACGACAGACUGGAAGAAUAAGACAAAAAUGUUUCCAUGCAAUUCUUCAUCAAGAAAUGGCUUGGUUUGACUCAGUCCAAAUAGGUGAACUAAACACAAUGUUGACUGAUGAUAUAAAUACAAUCAAAGAGGGUCUCGGAGACAAGUUCAGCAUAUUCACACAGCUAAUUAGCACUUAUGUGACAGGAUUUAUCAUUGGAUUUAUCUAUGGAUGGAAGCUUACGCUAGUCAUGUUGGCAGUAUGUCCCCUCUUCAUAUUCGCAGCAGCAGCAUGGACAACGAUCUUGACAACACGGAACAAUAAGGAACUGAAUGCUUAUGCAAAAGCAGGGGCAGCAGCUGAAGAAGUUCUCAUGGGAAUAAGAACAGUCUUUGCAUUCAAUGGCCAACAAAAAGCAUUAUCAAAAUAUGAAGCCAACUUAAACCAUGCUAAAGAUGCUGGAAUCAAGAAAACUGUCACCACAAGUGUUCUUAUCGGACUUCAGCACUUUUUAUUUUAUGGUGCCUAUGGUCUUGCAUUUUGGUAUGGGUCCACACUAGUUAUUGACGAACCUGAAAAUUAUUCACUUGGGCGGGUUUUGAUUGUGUUUUUUUCCAUGGCCAUAGGAGCAUUCUCACUUGGCCAAGGAGCACCGAACCUAGAAGGUAUUUCAAAGGCUCGAGGUGCUGCUUACAACGUGUAUAGUCUUAUUACAAAGCAUCGGCCCAUAGACAGUAGCUCCAAAGAUGGUCAUAAGCCAGAUAGUACCAAAGGAGAUAUUGAAUUCAAGAAUAUUCACUUCGCCUAUCCAACUAGACCAGGUACAAAGAUUCUUAAGGGCUUGAACCUGAAAGUUUUGAGUGGACAGACCGUUGCAUUGGUUGGAGCCAGCGGUUGUGGGAAAAGUACAAUAAUUCAACUGCUCCAGAGAUUUUAUGAUCCAGAAGAAGGAGAGAUCAUUGUUGAUGGACAUGAUAUCCGUACUUUGAACGUGAAGUGGCUGAGACAACACAUUGGCAUUGUUAGCCAGGAACCAAUACUAUUUGCCACAACAAUUGCUGAAAACAUACGGUAUGGUCGAGAGGAUGUAACUGAUGCAGAGAUUGAGCAGGCUGCAAAGGAAGCAAAUGCUUUAGACUUUAUAUCAAUGCUUCCUGAUAGAUUUAAUACAAUGGUUGGUCAAAGAGGUGCCCAGCUGAGUGGAGGACAGAAACAGAGAAUUGCUAUUGCUCGUGCGUUGGUCAGAAACCCAAAGAUCCUUCUGCUGGAUGAAGCCACAUCUGCUCUUGAUACUCAGAGUGAAUCUAUAGUGCAGGCAGCAUUGGAUAAGGCAAGAGCAGAUCGGACCACCCUUGUGAUUGCCCACCGCCUCACAACAAUUCGCACUGCCGAUGUUAUUGCUGCCUUUGACAAUGGAGUGAUCACCGAACAAGGAAAACACAGUGAACUCAUGCAAAAUAAGGGUGUCUAUUAUUCCCUGGUAAUGCAUCAGAAUUCUUGUAGGGACAAUGAAAGUGAUGAAAAAACAGAUGAUACUUUGAAAGAAGUGAAACCAUCGGAAAAUGAACAGAAAAGUGUAAAGAUUAUUAACAGGAACAGCAUUAAAAGCAAGAAAUCAAAUAUGAAACAUCAGCAAUUUGCUUCCUCUGAACAAGAGCAUACAACAGAGGCCAAUGAACAAGAAAAAGAACUGGAGGAAAGUUUGCAAGAAAUUUCAUAUUCACGAAUUCUUGCUUUGAACAAGCCAGAGUGGCUGUACAUUGCCGUAGGCCUACUCACUUCCAUGAUAUCCGGAGCUGUCUCACCAGCCUUUGCUGUUGUGUUUUCCAAGAUUAUUGGGGUUUUUGCAAUCUUGGACCCUGACUUGAAACGACAGAGGACUGCCAUGUUUUCAUUGAUGUUCGUGGCUCUAGGGGCUAUUUUCUUUCUGAGCUACAGUAUACAGGGAUACAUGUUUGCAAAGUCUGGAGAAAUCCUAACUAUGAGGCUGCGUGGAUUAUCUUUUAAAGCCAUCUUGCAACAGGAUAUCAGUUGGUUUGAUGAUCACAAGAAUGCUGUUGGUGUGCUAAUAACCCAUCUGGCUACAGAUGCAUCACAGGUUAAAGGGGCCACUGGAAUACAACUUGGUAUAAUGGCAAUGAACUUUUGCACCCUCGGGGCAGCUAUAAUCCUUGCAUUCAUUUUUGGCUGGCAGUUAACUCUUCUCAUCCUGUGCCUUAUCCCAUUUCUUGUUGCUGCAAAUUUUAUUGCAAUGAAAUCAGUUCUGGGACAUGCAACUAAGGACAACAAAUCUCUUGAAGAAUCUGGAAGGAUUUCAACAGAAGCUGUAGAGAACAUUAGAACCGUGGUAUCUUUAACAAGAGAAGAUGCUUUCUAUAAAAAAUACAUGGAACAUGUAGAUAAACCUUACAGAACCUCCCUCUCAAAAGCUCCAUUCUAUGGCUUCAGCUAUGGAUUGGCACAAUGUAUUGUAUUUUUUGUGAAGGCUGCAGUCUUCCGAUUUGGAGCAUGGCUCAUCGUACAUUGUUUCAUGAAUUUUGAGAAUGUGUUCUUGGUUUUUGCUGCCAUUGUAUUUGCUGCUAUGCACAUGGGACAAUCUUCAACUCUUGCACCGGACUAUACAAAAGCUAAAAUUUCUGCACAAAAGAUAUUGCAACUUUUAGAAAGGAAGUCAUUAAUUGAAACUUACAUGGAAGAAGGAGAAAAACUGAGCAAUUUUGAAGGGAACAUUGAGUUCUGCAAUGUGAAAUUUUCAUACCCUACACGGCCAGACAUACAGGUCCUAAAAGGUCUAAGUGUACAAGUUAAUAAAGGCCAGUCUCUGGCUUGUGUUGGAAGCAGUGGAUGUGGAAAGAGCACGUCAGUUCAGUUACUUGAGAGAUUUUAUGAUGCUGUUGAUGGACGAUUGUUGGCAGAUGGGAAAGAUUAUAAAUGUCUUGCCUUGUCAUGGUUGAGACAACACAUUGGAAUCGUAUCACAGGAGCCCGUACUCUUUGAUUGUAGCAUUGCUGAAAAUAUAGAAUAUGGUGACAACAGCAAAACUGUAACUCAAGAAGAGAUUGAAGAGGCUGCAAGAGCAGCCAAUAUUCACGAUUUCAUACAAAGCUUGCCUGAAGGGUACAACACUCGAAUAGGAGAUAAAGGAACACAACUUUCUGGUGGUCAAAAACAAAGAAUAGCCAUUGCUCGAGCCCUUGUUCGUAACCCAAAGAUCCUACUCCUUGAUGAAGCAACAUCUGCCCUGGACAAUGAAAGUGAAAAGAUUGUCCAGCAGGCCUUGGAUAAAGCCAGGCAGGGUCGAACAUGCAUCAUUGUUGCUCACCGGUUGUCAACAAUCCAAAAUGCUGACAUUAUAGCUGUGAUACAGAACGGUCAAGUUGUGGAAAAGGGAACUCAUAACCAGCUCCUCAGUAAAGAGGGAGCUUAUCAUGCACUUGUCCAUGCACAAGUUCAGCGUUAAUAUGAAUAUUGUCAAAUUGAUUUCUAAUGGCAUUGGAGAUAAUGGGACCUGCAGAUGCUGGAGAAUCCGAGAUAACAAAGUG